AUGGUGUUUCGCAUCUCGCGCUCGACGCGCUUGUGCGUGGUGAUUGGUAUUUCGACAUGUUUCUUCCUAGGGGAGAUUUCGGUGGGGUUUUAUACCCAUUCGCUUGCACUGAUUGCGGACGCCUUUCACUACUUAAAUGACCUCGUGAGCUUUGUGAUUGCCUUGGUAGCCUUGAAGGUUUCGGAGGGUGAUGAAUCGCCUAAAGGCCUGUCUUUUGGAUGGCAAAGGGCUCAAUUGUUGGGUGCUUUCUUUAAUGGGGUGCUGCUUUUUGGGCUGGGGAUCAGUAUUCUGCUGCAGUCGGUUGAACGGUUUAUUUCGUUGCAUCGUAUUGAGGAUCCGAAGUUGGUCUUCAUUGUUGGGUGUAUCGGGCUGGGACUCAAUAUUAUCAGCGCAUUGUUUUUACACGAACAUGGGCACGAUCACGGUCACAGUCUCGGCUCUCUGACAAUCGAGGAUGGAGUGUCGCCCAUCAGUGAUGACGAUGACUCCAUUGCCAAACACCAAGAUCACAAGCAUGUGGGCUUUGAAAAAUCGCAUGGCUCCAUCUCUACACCCUGUCACGACCACGACCACGACCACGGUCAAGGUCACGGCCACGCUCAUAGCCACGGCCACGGCCACGGACAUGACCAUGGAGAUUUGGGCAUGAUGGGUGUCCUCCUGCACGUUCUGUGUGAUGCAGCCAACAAUCUCGGUGUCAUGACUGCCGCGCUGGUCAUCUGGCUGGCCAAGUACGAUGGCCGGUACUACGCCGACCCGGGAGUGAGUAUGGGCAUCGGCCUGAUGAUCAUCCUCUCUUCCAUUCCACUCGUACGGAGAUCCGGACAUAUCCUCCUAGAAAGCGCCCCAACCGGAGUCGACCCAAGCGACGUGCAGCACGAUCUGGAAAAGGUCCCCGGCGUUGACUCAAUCCACGAACUUCACAUCUGGCGCCUCAACCAACAAAAAACCCUCGCCUCCGUUCACGUCGUCGUCUCCGAACCGUCAGUCGAGAGUUUCCUCGAAACCGCCAGAACAAUUAACCAGUGUCUCCACGCAUACGGGAUCCACUCAGCAACCAUCCAACCAGAGGUCAGGUCCGAAACGGGGUCUCCAGGCGAGUUGCGGUGCCAGGUGGUAUGUGGAACACUGUGCGAGGCGCUGACCUGCUGUGGGUGA